CUCGAAUAUUCGGCUUGUAUAUAAGGCGAACUCAACACCGCCACCCACCAUCGUCGUGCGAAUUCUGUCGUUGUGAAGUCUAAUUGUUCGAGCAUUCGGUCGUUAUACGAAGUCCAUCGCCGCACAAAAGCAUGAAGCAAAAAGGAGUCCGCGAUCCGGUACCGGAAGGAGUCAGUCACCGAGAAACGACACGGGACGAGCGAAUACAGCUCAUUGCGCUACGCGAGAAAGCGGGAUGGAGCUGGAGGCGAAUAGCAAAGGAGUUCAAGAUCGACAAGAGCACAGCCAUGAGAAUAUAUCAGCGGUAUCAGCGGUACGGUACUCCUUCGAAUCGGAAACGGUCCGGCAGACCCCCAGUAUUCUUCGACGCCGCGGAGAAAGCCCGGCUCGAAGAAUUUGUUACCCGCGACUCCCGCACUCGACGUCUCAGCUGGGACGCAAUCUGUGUCGAAAUGGGGUAUGCCUGCGACCCCAAGACGGUUCGGGACGCGAUUAUGUCGAUGGGAUAUCACAAGUGCGUCCCGAGAAAGAAGUUCGCUGUCGAACCUGACAACAGAGGAAAGGUUAGAUAGAUUGGUAGAAGGUAUGCCUGCAAGGUUGCAGGCGGUGAUUGAUGCUGGAGGAGCACCGACAGAAUAUUAAUGGUUGGGUGGGAAGGGGUGGU